ACCUAGGGACACCUUGGGAUUCCCCAGAAUGAGCUAUUGGAUGCUGCCUGGAAGAAGGAUGCCCCGGUUUUCUUUCUGGACCUUUUACACCCGCGACCUGAAGCAGGAAACUACAGAUGGAUAAUUAAAUAAUCAAUCUUGCAAAGGCUGACAGAUAAAAUGUAUUUAAUUUGAACAAAUAUCUUCAUUAAGGAAAUUAUUAACUCAUUAUAAAUUUAAUAAAUUAUUGAUAUGUUUUUUUCAAUUGUAAUACAUUUUUAGAUGACCUGAAAAUGAGUUGAGGGCCCCCAGGGCUUCAAGAUCUCAGGAGCGCCCAUGCUGCUGAGCCUGUAUCUCAAACUCAUUUUACGGUUAAAACUCAAACUCCACGAUCUGCUGUAGAUCCUGUUUGGGUCUCAGCCUCCAGAGAGUGGGCAGAGCUCUCCCCAGCGCCGCCCUCCCUCUCUUCCAGCCGGGCUCCUUCUCCUCCACACUGCGCCCUCAGCAGCGUCCUGUCAGCCGCUCAGUAGCCGCUCCUCUCCCGCUCCAGGCCGGCUGGUUCCUCCUACUUUCACAGCCAGCCACUGGCUGGACGUUCAGAAGGACUUUUGUCCGGUUUUUUUCUUUUGUUUUGGGGAUUAUCUUCGGUUCCCGGAUGGAGCCGUCCCCGCAGGAUUCGGUGACUGAUGCGGGAAAGAGUCGCUCUCAGCCCGCUCCAGCAGCCACGGAGACCCCGCAGCCUGCACCGGGCAGGACGCACAGCCGCUCCGGAUCCUCCGCGUCCAGUCGAGGAAAAGGCUUGUCAGCAGCUGUGAAGAAGACUCACUCUUCUCAGAUUGAAAUCAUCCCCUGUAAGAUCUGUGGAGAUAAAUCCUCAGGGAUCCACUAUGGUGUGAUUACCUGCGAGGGCUGUAAGGGUUUCUUCAGGCGGAGUCAGCAGAGUAACGCCACCUACUCAUGCCCCCGGCAGAAAAACUGUCAGAUCGACCGAACGAGCCGAAAUCGCUGCCAGCACUGUCGUCUGCAGAAAUGCCUUGCUGUCGGGAUGUCCAGAGACGCUGUGAAGUUCGGCCGGAUGUCUAAAAAGCAGCGGGACAGUUUAUACGCUGAGGUUCAGAAGCACCGGCUCCAGCAGCAGCAACAGGAUCCCCUUCGGACCUCCCCCAGCAUCGGCAGCCCCAGCCCUGAUGAGGCAGAGUCUCUGUCCCCCCAGUACACUCUGUGCUCCACGAGCCUCACAGAGCUUUCAGAUGACCCGGGAUGCUACAUGGACAGGACCUCACCUGACGGAGGAUCUUUGACAUCCAAGGCAGAGUCUGGAGGAGCAGACAGAGGAUGUGAGGGUUUCUACCUGGAUAUUCAUCCGUCUCCGGAUCAGUCCGGCCUGGAUCUCAAUGGAAUCAAACCAGAACCGCUGAGCGACUACGGACACAGUGACGAGUUCUUCCCAUACUGUUCCUUCAGCAACGGCGAGGCAUCUCCCACCGUGGCUGAACAUGAUCACUUGGCUCAAAUCAUCUCCAAGUCUCACCUGGAGACAUGUCAGUACCUGAGGGAGGAGCUGCAAGAGAUGAGCUGGCAGAGUCUCCUGCAGGAAGAGGUGGAGAAGUAUCAGAACAAGCCACAGGAGGUGAUGUGGCAGCUUUGUGCAGUGAAGAUCACAGACGCCAUACAGUAUGUGGUUGAGUUCGCAAAGCGUAUCGACGGCUUCAUGGAUCUCUGCCAGAACGACCAGAUUGUGCUGCUGAAAGCUGGUUCUUUAGAGGUCAUCUUUGUACGAAUGUGUCGGAUUUUUGACUCCCAGAACAAUUCUGUCUACUUUGAUGGGAAGUUUGCAAGUCCUGACGCCUUCAAAUCAUUAGGCUGCGAUGACUUGAUCACGUCUGUGUUUGACUUCGCUAAGAACAUGUGUUCCCUGCACCUUACAGAGGAAGAGAUCGCACUUUUCUCUGCGCUUGUUCUGUUCUCUGCAGACCGGUCAUGGCUGCGGGAGAAGCUGCAGGUGGAGAGGCUUCAGCAGAAGACCGAGUCGGCUCUGCAACAUGUUCUGCAGAAGAACCACAGAGACGAUGGAGUACUGGACAAGCUCAGGUGUAAGGUGUUGGUGCUGCGUUCUCUGUGCAGUCUGCACUCGGAGAAGCUGUCGGCAUUCAGAGCCGUUUACCCCGACACGGUCCGAAAACUCUUCCCUCCUCUCUACAAGGAGCUGUUUGCUGCCGACCUGGACGGGACUUUACACACCAGCAACACACCUGAUAUGUGAGCUCGCCUGCACCUGCUCCUCUAAUGAAUCACGUUGGAUGCUCUGGUAGAUCACUUAGAGCAUUCAAGCGGAAACCAGAUUUUCUUCAGUUGUUGCACUAUUGCGCUGGACUCAGUAUUGAUGCAGGAACAGCAACAAGGGUGUCUGGCGCUGGAAACAUGUGGACACUACCUGCAGGACUGCUGGUUACUUGGUAUUUUUAAUGAACUCCUAAAUAACUUACUGAAGAACACAUGUCAGAGCUACUGAUUAGGACUAGCUAUCCCAUUCAACGCAUUUUCUGAGAUGCUUGAAUUCUAAAACUUGAGGCUUUUAUACAGAGAAAGACAACUUAGUUUUCAUGUACAUAUUCUUAAGUAGUUUUAGUUGCAUCAAGUAUUUACAGGCUGUUCAACCAUCCUCUACUUAAAAAAGAGUUGAGGUUAGGUGAGUCUGCGAAGGAAGAUGUUUUACUCUGAUCAGUAUUGAAGUACAGCUGAAGGAGCUUCAUAUUAAUCAUUUUCAGCAGCUAAGAUUUCUUAUUGUGAUAAGUGAAGCCUGGUAGAUUUGCAAUGGAGUUUCCAAUCCCUGGCAAAUAACAGAAAUCACUUCACCUAAUGCAUGUUCAAUUAAAAAUAAGUCCCAGAAAUUACACUAAGCUGUUUUAUUGACCUGCUGGACAAUCUGGCUCGGUAAACCAAACUGAAGAAAAUGACAUUAUCUGUCAUUUUUGCAGUUUAUUACAACCGUGCAGAGAGUUUGAUCACAUUGAGCACACAAAGGUCUGGGAGUUAUCGCCCCUCCUUCCAGCUGAACCUUUACUGUGUUAGUGACACUGAAACUGUCUGCACAAUGGCUUAGACCCUGAAUCUUUGCAUACAAGGCAUGCUUGGAGAUUAUCACGGGACAAUAAUCUUGAGUAAAAAUAGUUUGUCAUUGUUUUGCGCUAUUGCUGUAUUUACAGUCUAGAACAUGAUAUAAUUGCUUUAAUUUUAUAUUUGAUACAAAAUUCAGGUCAAAAACAGCUACUUUUAGAAGUAGUUUUAAUUAUACCACCUGGUGUCUAAUAAAUAAAGACUGUUACACCUUUCCCUCAUUUACAAGAAAGGAACAUUUGGCUGUUUGGAAAUUUUUUUUAGUAUCAAAAAAGGUCAAGGUAGAAAAACUAAAGAAGCGCCAUUUAUUACUCUUUCACUCUUGUUGAGCUAGCUGUUUGAAAGCUACAUUUGGUAACCUGUGAGCAGCAUGUCUGUUUUAUUUAUGGAAAGCCAUUUUGUGCAUUAAUCACAAACGCAUCUGUACCACCUGGCAUCUAAUGAACGCAGCUGAAAACACCACCUGGUGUUCAGAAAACGUAAGCGUAAGCCCUAACUGUAAACUGAUGGAAGUAGAAAGCAGGCCUAUGAACCCCAGGUGGCGCUGGAAAGAGCGCAAUCAAUGUCUCCAACUGCUUGAGUAACUCAGUUAAAUACACAAGUAGUACAUAUGGUCAUUGGCACGCCUUGCUACAUGUCAUAAGUUAAUAAUAGGAAGGAAAUACAUAUUUUACACAUGAAGAAUUGAUAGACAGAUUCAUUGUCCAUCUGCUGGUUUUCUUCACACACUCCCCUUUAGACGUUUCAUUAGGAUGGCACCACACAAAGAUUCCAGGAUCAUGUCCUUGGCCAAUCUAGAACAAGGAUUUGUCCCGGAUUUCCGCUUUUAUCCCAUCCUCUGCAGACCAUGUCUGCUUCUCUUCAGCCAUCCAGAAGAUUGUAUUAUUCUUUUCAUUAAUGGUGGUUCUAGUUUGGCUUCCUCCAGCUAAUUUCUCCCAGUUCAGCUUCUGAGUUUUCUGUCUCAACGGUUUGAUGUCCUCCUCUGUCUACCUGGACAUUUCCCGUUUAUUAAAUUUAGUUUGGACCCAGCUGUUCAGGAUGGAUAAAUCUUUUUCAGCCCUCCAAUUCUGCUGACAGCUCGCUCAUUGUGUCCAUGUUUCAGCUGCAACAGCUCUGCAAACUCUCAUAAGCGCAGAUUCAUUUGCAGAAUUAGACUUGUGCAGGUAUUUGUUUCAGUAAUGCAGAUUACAGGCUGACUCCAUCAUUUUGCCUCUACUUUAUCUUUAAAAAAGUUUUUCCAGACAUUAUAAUUACAUCUUUUUAAAUUUGUACGGGUAUAUUUUGGAGACCAGAAUGUUCAGCAAAUAACUAAACUUGUUUUGUGUCAAAUUAAACAGCAGACUAACCUCAAAGAGUAGAAAUUUACCAGGGGUCGUACCAUGUGUUCUCUUAAAUCUGGCAUUACGUAUUUUUCUCUCUGCAGAUCUUUAUGCAAAAACUAAUCUUAAGAAGUGUUUAGACGUGUACAGGUCGGGUGUAAGUCCAUAAAAACUUUCAGUGAAAAUGCAAAAGCUGCAAAGAUGCACUAAUUAUUAAGCAAUGAACAUUCAGAUCCAUUCUGGAUUGUUUUUAGGUUAAAAAAAAAUCCAAGUUGGAUCAAAAUAUUGUCAGUUUAUAAAAAGUCCUCAUGGUAAGGAUUAAACAUGUGUAGCUUUAUAGUUUGGCAUCCAUCCCAGCUGCUCAAACACAAUAAUCUCAUAAUCACAAGCAGCACCACAGCAGAGCAGAUCCUGCUGCACAGUUAAGUUGUAUUUUAGUAAUUUAAUAACCUGCAUUGCUGACAGAUUACAUGUGAUGAUGUCCGAACUGGAGCAGGUUCAAAAUCCUCGGUGUUCAGCCAACAAAAACUUAACCAAAUGUUUUCCUAUAUUUCUCCUCAAACACGCAGGCGAAUAAAUGACAAGGUCAUCAAAGGUUUUAUUCAUUUUAGUAAUUCAAAAAGUGUUUUUUUUUUUCAGAUUAUGGCUUACUGCUGAUGAAAAAAUAAAACCCAGGUUCUCUGUGGCUUGGAGACCAUAAGCCUGUGGUUCUGCUGAGGUGAAGCCCAGGUUGCUUUGAUAGCAGUCUUCAGGUGAUCUGCAUUGUUGGGUCUGGUGUCUCUCAUCUUCCUCUUGAAAAAACUCAAAAGCUUCACUAUGUGGUUCAGGUCAGUCUAGUUUGCUGGUGAUACUAUGGGGAUUAAAACAGGUAUUGGUACCUUUGACAAUAAGGGCAUGUGCCAAAUUCAGCUAGACAAUGAAAUCAGCAUCUCCACAACGUUUGUCAGCAGAGGGAAGCAUGAAGUUCUCUUAAUGUUCCUGGUAGAUCUUUAAAGCAGCUCCUCUCCUGCUUUCAGAAGGACAUAUGUUGUAGCCUAUAUGAUUGCAGCAUGACCUCCAACACGGGUUUUGUAAACGUUGCUUAGGGUUAAGCUUCUCUGCCGGCAGAACUUGGGCUUAAUAAAGAGAGAUAGGAUAGGUUGUACCUUUUCACCCAGAUCCAGCUAAGAAUAGAAAUAAAUUGGGUUUGUGCGCUAAACAUUUACUAAACGCAACAUUAUUUUUGGAAAUCUUGAAAUCAAGAAGAUUUUGUGUCAGAGCCUGCAGAUGGCAGCGUCACACUCAGCAGCAAACCUGCAGCACCACCUGCUGGAACUGACACUGAAGUACCAAAUCAUUGUUUCUCCUUUUAUGAUUUACAAAUCAAUUUAAUUUAUACCUUAUUCCUGCAUCUUUAUUUCUUUUGUUAAAGCAAAAACAUGCAGCAGCUCUCCACUCAGGUCAAUAGAUGUACUAGCAAUAUAUAAAAGGUAAGCAAUAAGCUGUAAAGAAAUGUUUUACUCACAAUCAAUAAGCUCAUAAAGAUUUAUUAUCAGUCUUGCAAUAAAUGAAGAACCGCUAAGAUAUUUGGAACUAUGUUAGAUCCAUUCAUAAUUUAACCAAUUUACAACCUAAACUAGGAUCCCAAUAUAAGUCCAGAUUCUUCUUCGUUGAUAUAAUUAAAGGAACAUUAUAAGACAUGAUUUUAAAUUUCAUUGGUUGGUAAAUACUUGUGAAUAUGCAAAGAAUAUAUAAAAUAAUUAGCAAUUUCCCUAAAAAUACAAACUAACUCAUUCAAAGGUGAGAACCUCCCUUUAACAAUGCACGCAGGUGGGUUCGUGAUAUUCUGAGUGUUUAUUGGCAUAUUGUAGUAUGUAUGUAUGUGACACAGCAUAUGAGCAACAUUUUUUAUUAUAAGUUUCAGUUUUAUGUAAAACAAUCCAUUUAAAAAUAAAUUACCACCAAUGUUGAA